AUGGCGUCCGCUGUGCAUGCCGCCUCGCCCUCGUACCCUCCUCCGCCUAUCUACUCACAGAAUAGCACCGAUGGGGUAGGGAACGGCAUCAAUCACUCCCAUUCCGCCUUCAACUCCUUUGACGGCGCUCAAUCUGUUGCAUCUACACCAACCCCCACGCCGCCCGCUUCAAGACACCAACAUAUCAUGCCCCAUGGCAUGCCAAGCUACGGCCAAGUCAAUGGUACAUACAGUCAACAGACGACACCGAGGCAUCAUCAUGAUCCGAAGCCAAUGAUCCAGCAGCAGCAUUAUCCCCCAGGCCAAAAGCCGCAAAUCUAUACCGCUGUCUACUCAAGCGUCUCCGUAUAUGAGAUGGAGGUGAACCAAGUAGCAGUCAUGCGACGACGAAAAGACUCCUGGUUGAACGCAACGCAAAUCCUCAAAGUGGCAGGGAUUGAAAAGGGGAAACGAACGAAAGUCUUGGAAAAGGAGAUUCUUUCUGGCGAACACGAGAAGGUGCAGGGAGGAUAUGGCAGAUAUCAAGGGACAUGGAUCAGCUACCGAAGAGGCGUGGAAUUUGCGCGCCAGUACGGCGUGGAGGCGCUGCUUCGUCCACUUUUCGAGUAUGACAUGGGCCAAGAUGGCAUGACAACAGCCGGCCAGGGGAACCUUGACACGCCUACAAAGGAACAGGCAAUGGCAGCUCAACGGAAGCGAAACAUGAUCAACGGUGGAGCGGACAAUCGGGCUCCUGCGCAGUCACCGAACGGCACCUUCUUCAAGAACAUUUCCAAGUCAGCAGCAAAUGCUGUCAACGCGAUCAGCAAGGCCAGGAUGGGAUCACCAUCAAAUCUGAGCAGACCUGUGAAACCAAUUCAACGGCCAUCGCAGCAAAUGGGGAAUAGCCAAGAUUCUGCGUAUGCCGGUAGCAGCCAGCAAAGUAUGCAAAGUCUGCAUUCUGAGAACAGCUUUGGAAACAGUCAGCUCGACCCUGCGCUAAGAGCGCACAAUACACCCUACUACUCGAACAUGCAUGAACCACAGAAUGGCGACAUGAAUGAACCACCUCGAAAACGCAUACGACCCUCUAACAGCCAGGAUCCUUUCGCUAUUGACGAAAAUCUCGACUACGAUACAUCGAUGAGAGAUCUGACACCUACAGAUGCCAACGAGUCCCUUGCUUAUGGUCAAGACUACGCUCAAUCUAGCAUUGACUACAGACUCAACGGACUACAACCUUUACCUCAACCUACAAGCAAAUCCGCAAUCGAAAAGCAACAGAUUCUGACCAAUUUGUUCCUCGAUCCAAAUCAAACAGAUUUUUCGAACCAUCCUGCACUACUUAGCCUAUCAGGCGAAGACCUCGAUAUUCCUAUCGACGCCACCGCACAUACAGCCUUGCAUUGGGCUGCCACUUUGGCCCGCACAUCACUACUCCGAGCGCUGAUCGAAAAGGGUGCAAGUAUCUACCGGUUGAACACAGGAGGCGAGACUGCAUUAAUACGUGCCGUCCUCACCACCAACAACCUCGACCAAGGUAGCUUCACAGACCUUCUUGAGCUGCUUGGUCCUACCAUCGAGAUCCGAGAUGGCCACGGCCGAACUGUGUUGCAUCACAUGGCUGUGGCGUCAGCUAUUAAAGGAAAGAGCGCCGCUUGCCGAUACUAUCUCGAAUCACUGUUGGAGUUCGUCGUCCGGCAAGGCAGUGCUUCAAAUAGCCAACAGAAUUCCUUUCAGAACCCUGACCUUGUUAUGCCUGCCCCCAAAACGAUAACACUUGUGAGGUUCAUGUCAGAAAUCGUCAAUGCAUUGGAUAUGUCCGGCGACACCGCAUUAAACCUUGCUGCACGAAUUGGUAACAAGAACAUCAUUCAUCAGUUGCUUGAAGUUGGCGCCGAUCCUACCAUAGCGAAUCGUGGCGGUCUAAAGCCUACAGAUUUUGGUGUUGGAGGAGAUCCAGACUUGCUGGACGCGCACCAGAACAGCCAAGUAACGAGAAUAGGGCAUCACGUUAUCAGCAAAGUUGCUGAGAGUAGUCAGGAACUAUUAGCAUCGAUAACGACCCUGCUGUCCGACACCGAAUCCUCCUUCCGAUCCGAGAUUCAGGCGAAACAAUCCCUCAUUGAUCAAACCCACACCAAAUUACGCGAAACUACGUCUUUAUUGAACGAAGAACGUCGUCGCCUCGCGGAGCUUCAGCGCAGAUCGGAUGACAGAAAAGCCCUUCGCCAACGUAUUGCUAACCUGCGCCGUGCCAACGACCAACAGCGUGCUUACCUCUCAUCAAGUGCUAAUGGAAGAUCCGCCAGUUCGCCUGCAGAGAUUAGGCCAGACAUCAAAGUUGGGGAAGCGGAUGCAGGCCUUGAUAUCGAUACUACCAUACUUCCACUCUCGCAUGACCACAACCAACCUCUCCAGAUUCUUCCACAGCAGCGUGACUACCUUGCCACUUUACCGCCGACGGCCAUUCUCAAGGCACGAACAACGGCUUACCAAAAGAACAAUGCUCGCCUUGAAGCCCAAGCGAAGAACUUGCAGGAUCAGUCGUCGGAGUUGGAGACGCAGCUGAGGAAGCUGGUAUGCUUGUGCUUGAGUCUUGAGGAGGGCCAGCUUGAUCAACUGAUUGGUGGCCUCCGUACUGCCGUUGAGAGUGAAGGUGGUGAAGAUGUGGACUUGGCGAGAGUGAGAGAGUUUUUGAGGAAGGUUGAGGGUCUGGGAGAGGAGUAG